AUGCUCUUGGCUGAUCCUUCGUCCCAGAAUAUGGUCCAUGCUGGUGGCCACCCAGUGCCAUCUCUAAUCAACGACAACUUUGAGCUUGAAACAUUUGAAACACUUGGGAAGAUUCGCGCAAACCUUCGUUAUCAGCAAGCUAAAAGAGCGGAGGACAACCGAAAGCCUGCACGUCAUCGGCAUAUGCAUAUGCAUACUCGCGAGGAGGUUGGAAUCAAUGUUGACGUCGCCCAGGAUCUGGAAGCCAAUUUCGCAUGGGCGCCUCCCCUCGCAGCAGAACCACAAGAUGUAGACGACCUCCUUGCAGGUCCCGAGACCAUAUCAGCUGACGAAAUCGCUGAAGCAUUUGAUGCUCUCGAAGUACAGGAGAAUCUAGAAUAA